AUGGAUGAAGAGCAAGAUCAUUUAAAACAACUUACAAAUAUUGAAAAGGCAUAUUCUAUUAUUAAUAUAAAUUAUUUCUUACUUAUUAAAGAAAAUAUCUUGUUUAUUAAAAGAAGAGAAUAUAUGGCAUUACUAGAAGAUAUUUCUGUUCAACUUAGAAAUCAAGCAAAAGCAUUAGAAGAAGCACAAGUGCCUAUUAAUACUAUUCCUAAAUUACAAGAUUUUGCUAAAGAAAAAAAUAUAGAACAUUGGAGAAAAAUAGAAACAUUCCUGAAAAAGUUACAAUUAUCUAAUCAGAAAUGA